AUGAAGUCUGCAUUGACUGCCGGUCUCGUGGCUAUUGUUUGGCUCAUACAGCAGGCUGUGGCAACAAGCUGGGGCGAUUCCCCUACCUUUUCCAGCGUCUCCAACACCGCUAACAACUGCACGACUGACCAACAGAGUGGAUUUGAUUGGUCUGGUCUGCCAACAGGUUCAUUCAAUAAUUAUGGAGGCUUCGGCUUCAGCGGAUUUUCCUGCCAGGACUCCUUUCAACCCAAUUCAAAGAAACGAUCGCUUCGCAUACGUGAUGAUUUCCAGUCUAAAUGCAUUCAAGGCAAAGUCAGCACCUCGUCGAACAGUGGUCCCCAGUUUUCUUGCGCCCAAAAUGACCAGUUCUCGAUCACGCACAUGCAGGUUUCGGUAUCCUUCGACACUGAUCUGGACUUCAUCUUCUCCAUGCCCGAUGGCUCCACGUGCAAACACACCGCGUCUUGCAGUUCAAGCGGUACCACUGUGGAGAACACGCAGUGCGGUGGGGCGAAAUCCGUGACCUUUCAGAUGCCUCCCAGUGGCAAUAGCAACGGUUGCGACAUUGGGAUUCACUCGAUUGGCUUCGACUGCAACUCUUCGUCGUCGUCUUCCUCAUCCUCCUCAACAACCACAGCUCCAACCACUUCGACCACGACCACACCAGUGGUCACAACUACAACUCCGUUGGUGACCUCGACCUCCCAAGUCGAAACCACCACAACCAGGCCGAAUGUCGAGACAACGACCACCCCGGAGGUCAUCCCAGUGACCAGCAGCACGACGACUACUACAACAACUUCCUCCGGUGAACAGGUUAACACAAGCACCACUACUUCUCUUCCAGACUCCACUACCACCACAGCACCUGAGCAAACUCCCAGCACUACCACUACCUCUCCUGCUGACCAGACUCCGAGCACUUCGACCACUAGCACGACUACCCCUCAAGAAACCCUAAGCACCACCACAACUACACCUUCUGUCGUGCAGACUGCGAGCUCUUCAACCACUCUCAGCCAGCAGACUACCACCACUUCGGCUAUUGUCACUACUACAACACCUGGUACAACGCCUGGUACAACACCUGGGACGAGCUCAACCGAUACCACGACUGACUUGAUCACGACGGAAAUUGUGGUGACGACAAUCACCACAUGCCCCAUAACCAAUACGCGCACAAGUGGCACUGACAUUGUGACCGAGACCACCAACACCGUCUCAACAAUCACCAUCACUUCAACCUCCACGGUCUGCACUCGGUGUACCAGGCCGCCACCUUCAACCCUGUCUACGAUUUCGCCUACUCCUGCAACUACGGAGACACCUCCGACAUCUCCACCUGCGUCGCCGCCUUCAUCACCCCCAACAUCUUCGUCUCCAUCUUCCUCACCUCCGGCGUCGUCGCCACCGGCCGCACCUCCAGCACAGCCAACCUCGCCUUGCCCCUCCGUCCUCCCCUCUUGCUUGAACACUUGGCUUUCGCUCGUGCCCAAAUGUGCCUCAAACUCGGACACGACAUGCUUCUGCCCUUCUCAACAGUUCAUCAGUUCAGUCCAACAAUGUGUCUCCGCGUGGGGGGCGUCCAACGACGAGGUCACGGCAGCGUUAUCUUACCUGGCAGGUAUUUGCGCAGAUUUUGUUCCGCAAAAUCCGGGCAUCUGUACCGGUGUGCCAAGCUCCAUCACUCUUGUGCCUACGCCUUCGCCCGCUGGGUCAGUGACAGAAACAGUAGGGACGCAGGUGCAGACAGUGACUGCUACGGCUACCAAUGGCAACGGUCGCGGAUCAAGACCGCCUCUUUCUGGCUCGGGCUCGGGUGCAAGCAACGGCAUCUCUGCACCUUCUCCGACCCCACCGGUGGCUAUCCCUGUCACAACUGUAACGUUCACGAUCACGGCUUCAGGCAGUGCGGUCACAAGCGCAGUUACGGUACCGCAGGUCACCUUUGUCACAGUUCAGCCCACCGGCUCUGCUCCUUCUCCCGCGGGCGGUAAUAGUGGCAGCGGCAAUGGUGGAGGUCCAGGGGAAGUCGGCUUGGUGCCCAUGCCCACUGCUGCUCCUGAAGGUGGGUCCGGGUUUUCUGGAUCUGGACCUGGCAAUGGAUCGGGAUCGGGCUCGGGCAGUGGAGCUGGAUCCGGGUCUGGAGAUGGAGGAGCUCAAGCGGCAGCCACGACUUUCGUUCCUGGGCCGACAGGAUCAAACGCAGGUACAGGAGGACCCUCGAUCACACCAGACAUCUUCACGGGUGCAGCAACCCAGCAGAGCGUCGCGUGGGGCAUUCUUGCUGGUGUGUUGGGUGUCCUUGCGUUCGUGGUGUGA